AUGGGGCGUCUCAACGAAUACCAGGUUAUUGCGCGCCAUCUGCCCACAGAGGCCAACCCUACCCCCAAGUUGUACCGCAUGAGGAUUUUUGCGCCCAACCCCGUUGUUGCCAAAUCCCGCUUCUGGUAUUUCUUGAUGAAAUUCAAGAAAGUGAAGAAGGCCACUGGCGAGAUUGUCAGCGUCAACCAGAUCCACGAGAAGCGCCCAAUGAAGGUUAAGAACUUCGGUAUCUGGAUCCGAUACGAUUCUCGCUCCGGCACGCACAACAUGUACAAGGAAUUCCGCGAUAUGUCCAGAACCGAUGCUGUCGAGUCUUUAUACCAGGAUAUGGCCGCUCGUCACCGUGCCCGAUUCAGCUCUAUCCACAUCCUCAAAGUCGUUGAAAUCGACAACAAGGAGCUUGUUCGCCGCCCUUACAUGAAACAACUCCUCACCAAAGACCUCAAAUUCCCCCUUCCUCACCGUGUCGCCAAACCCCAAGGCAAGAGAAUUUUUGCCGCCUCGAGACCAUCCACAUUCGCAUAA